AGAGCUGCAAAGCUAGGAUUGGGGUGUUUGCAGUGUUUGGGGAUGAAGGUGGGGGGUUGGUGGAAAGGAAGAGUCAAUGGGGGGCGCUAUUCGAAGUGGAGGAUCCCAGGUCUAAGAUGCCACAAUGUAAAGGCAAGUUCUUCGAUGCCAACCAAGAACUUGAAGUAGCUAGAUACGACAUUCAGUAUUGUGAUUGGCGAGCUCGCCAGGAUCUGCUUACAAUCAUGCUGCUUCAUGAGAAGGUUGUGGAGGUUUUGAAUCCCUUAGCACGCGAAUAUAAAUCAAUCGGCACCAUGAAGAAGGAACUAGCUGAGUUGCAAGAAGACUUGACCCAAGCUCACAGACAGGUACAUAUAUCUGAAGCAAGGGUAUCUACUGCUUUAGAUAAACUAGCCUACAUGGAAGAGUUGGUAAAUGACAAGCUGUUACAAGAUAGAAGCACCACAGCAGAAACUGACCAAGCGUCUCCUUCUACUUCCACUGCAACUCCAUCCGCCAAUAUUAUGAAAAGAAAAUCCCCCAGGAAAAGUUUCAAUGUCUCAGGUCCUGUCCAGCCAUACCAUCCUCAUCUAAAGAACUUUUGGUACCCAGUUGCUUUCUCCACCGACUUGCAGGAUGACACAAUGAUUCCAUUUGAUUGCUUUGAGCAACCAUGGGUUGUUUUCCGCGGGAAAGAUGGAAAACCAGGAUGUGUUCAGAACACAUGUGCACAUCGAGCGUGUCCGCUUGACCUAGGUUCUGUUAAGGAGGGAAGAAUUCAGUGUCCUUACCAUGGAUGGGAAUACUCAACUGAUGGGACGUGUGAGAAGAUGCCGUCUACUCGACUAGUGAAUGUGAAAUUAAAGUCACUGCCAUGUUUUGAGCAAGAAGGCAUGGUCUGGGUUUGGCCCGGUACUGACCCCCCAGCCCCUAACCUUCCUUCCUUAAAACCUCCACCAGGUUUCCAAAUUCAUGCCGAGAUAGUGAUGGAACUUCCAGUGGAACAUGGGCUACUUCUCGACAACCUUUUGGAUCUUGCGCAUGCACCUUUUACGCACACAUCUACUUUUGCCAAGGGUUGGAGUGUUCCCAGCUUGGUGAAGUUCCUGACACCAGCAUCUGACCUACAAGGAUACCGGGACCCUUACCCUAUCGACAUGGAAUUUCGACCGCCUUGCAUGGUGCUGUCCACCAUCGGGAUUUCCAAACCCGGAAAACUGGAGGGCCAAAGUACAAGGGAAUGUGCCACUCACCUUCACCAGCUCCACGUUUGCUUACCUUCGACUAGAGGAAAGACAAGACUGCUGUACAGAAUGUCCCUUGACUUCGCUCCUCUGCUAAAGCACGUCCUGUUCAUGCAACAUCUAUGGAGACAUUUUGCCGAGCAGGUUCUGAAUGAGGAUUUACGGCUGGUACUUGGGCAGCAGGAGCGAAUGAACAAUGGCGCAGAUGUCUGGAAUUUCCCGGUAUCGUAUGAUAAGCUAGGAGUAAGGUAUAGAUUAUGGAGAGACGCGGUCAACAAAGGUGAAAAACAAUUACCCUUUAGCAAUCAACGUAAAGAAGAGUCCUAAAACCCUGGAAAGAUGGUCUCUACUACAGUGGGAUUCUUAGCUUCCCUAUCUGGAGCUGAUUCCCUCGUCCAACUUGACUCUCAUGGCGAUCGGCAAUGUUCAGGAAAUGACAACCCAUGUGCAAAAGU